AUGUCGAGUCUCUCCGAGUCUAGCGAUAUCCGGUCGGGCUUAGACACCCCAUCCACUCCCGCAUCGACACCUCCAGCCGUGUUCUCAAGAUCAAUGAUGAAACCUAGUACGGAGCAUGGCUUGCCCACUCCUCCAAAGACCCCGUCGAAAAAGCGGCCCCACCUUUCUGCUCCGGAGACACCCACUCCCCCACAGAAGCGUAUCAAAUCUGAGCCAUGCGACUCGGACUUCCACGUUGUCGAGGAGCAGAUGUCCGCGAUCUUCUGGUACUCCGACGGGGACGUCGUCGUCCGCGCCGGGGACAUACUCUACAAGCUCUACCAGUCCCGCCUCGUGAAACACUCCGUGUAUUUCGCCAACCUCUUUUCGGACGAGAAUGCUAAGAUGCCUCAGGUAACAUUAGAAGGCGUGCGUGUGUACCAUGCGCCCGCAGAGCUUCUUGUUGAAGACUUUGAACGAUUACUAUCCGAGCUCGAGGAACCUUCCUCGAAAAUCACACGAUACGACGCCAUCCGCCUGCUCCGCGCCUCCACGAUCCUUGCGUGCGACUCUGUCGCCGCCGUCGCCAAAAGGCAUAUUCUCGCGCUCUGGGACUCCAGCGCACCUCCCUCCCCUCGCUCGCGCGCUCCACACCUUAGCCCGGACCCGCCGGAGGAGGAUCGACCGAGUUAUCAUCUCUGUGUGUACAUGCUCUCCUUUGCGCGCGAGCACAAUCUGCACCAGAUCCUCAAGCGUGUCUACUACGAGCUGAUCUCCAACCCCAAGUUCUGGACCGCGCUCCCUCCUCUCCCUGCCCCCGCCCCUUCCCCCUCCCGCUCUUCUCCUUCCACAUCUACUCCUCGUAAUUCACCGUCGUCCUCUACGGAAGACGACAAGCUCCGCGUCCGUGAAAGGCUCACUGGACUCCAGACUGACGACCGGAUCAGGCUACUCGAGGGGCGGCACGCGUUCACGCACGUCUGGUACGAACAUGUUCGCACCCCACCAUCCACCGACCCUGAUACAGGCAAGUCGGCCUGCCCAUGCCCGCGGAGCUCUUCUCCAACCGAAACAAAUAUCGAGAAGGGUGGAGGGGGCGGUAACAGGCACAGGAUGCAGACGAGGACCAAGGCGGCCGCUGCUGAAAAGCGCGAUUCGGGGAACGCCAGGGGUCAACGAGAAGAAACGGGCAAGGGCGCGUUGGACGACGAUUUUAUACCGAACGCGUGCGACGCCCUCUCCGUCCCGCGCGGGACCUAUUACCGGGAGGCUAAGUGGGCGCACUUCGUCAAUCACGAAGGCACGAGCGCCGUCGAGGACGGAGCGAUGGAUCCGAUCCGGUACGAUCUCAUCGCGCGGAAGAGGAAGCAGCUGGCGCCGACGUGGUGCACGCUGUGUUUGCGCAAGUGGAGAGAGGAGUGGGAGGCGAGGAGGUGGGAGUGGUGGGAGAGGUUAGACGGAUGGUUGGGGCUGCUGCUCUCGUCGAUGAAGAUGAUCCCAACUCCCAGCAGUUCGCUGUAG